CAACACUUAUUGAAGUUGAUAGAUAUAAAGAUAGUGACGCAGAAAUAUUUGUCAAUGAUAUUCGCAAAAAAGUUCUUUCAUAUGGAAUGAAAUAUUCUAGCACAAGUCUUUCAGAUUAUGUUGAAAUUGAUAAUAACAAUGAUAGUUCUAUGUCCAAUUCCUUAUUUCCUAUAAGAAGAACUUCAAAAAGGCGAAAACGAAUAGAUACAGUUAAAUAUGAAUUAGAACUAUAUAAAAGUGAAUCUCUUGGAGAUUUAGAAAGUAAUGAAAUAAAACUUUGGGAAUUAUUGUCACCAAGAUUCCCAAUACUUAGCAAAAUGGCACGCGAUUUUCUAAGCAUUAAACCCUCAGGUGUUUCUAGUGAAAGGACAUUCUCAAGAGCUGGUUUCACAAUUACUAAUGAUAGGGCAAGUCUUUGUGAGACAACU